GGCAACAUAUUUUUUUGGAAUAAUUUGCUAAAUGAAUAUGUUAAAUUGCAGCAUGCAUUUACUUGUUUAAUAUAUAUGUAAUUAAUCCUUUGAAUAAUAUGUUUAGCUAAUAUUUUUUAAAAUCUUGGCACAUAAAAAAUAAUAAGAAAUCUCUCGAAAUUCGUAUCAUUGCAAAUAUUUAGAAGCUUCGCUCUACUCAAGUAAAACUUAACGUUAUCGUAGCUUUCACAGUUAUAUUUGUUUUUAGGCGACUGGUAAAAGAAACUACGAGCAUACAAUUGUGCAAUUGCCGAGAUCACAUUUUUUGGUACCACAGCGGCAGUUUUGCCAAGAAAGUCCAGUUAGCAGAUUGCUUAUUAUGACUCCAAAACUUUAUUAAUUUCAACGGGAUUCAUCCCACACCUGAAGGGUUAAUCAACUCAGUUGUUGAAUGGUGCUUGAAAGUGAAACUACAAGAGAUUAAAGAAGGCAACAUGAAUCUCAUUAUACGCCUGUUCUAUAUAAGGUCUCUUCAUUGCAACAACGAGAAUUUGAGAUGUGGAAGUAUGGUGAUUGAGUGACUGAGUCCAUAACAAUCUUCAACAACUGAUUCAAAUUGGACUCUGAGAGCAACCUACCUCCAUCUUACACUAGAUUUAGUCAGCAUAAGGACUUGGAAGUUUCCUGAAUCUACCAUGGCCGACAUAAGCCAACUGAAGUUAUUGAGACGGAAUACUAAAGGAGCUUUAACUCGCACCUUAAACUCCAUUGAGAGGUUGCUAGUAGACCCUGCAAAUGACGCUGAAACCAUAAAAGAAUACAUAGCCAAAGCAGGGGAACAGUUCAAAGAAGUGGAAUGUAAACACACCAAGUUGGUAGAGAACAUAACAGAUGAAGCAAUAUACGAAGAAGAAGAAGAAUGGAUGGGAGAGUGUGAACAGAGGUUUGUGGAGACCAUCGUUCAUGCACGGAAGUUCAUCGGGUCUCUGAACCAAAGUGAGCCAAUUACUCUCAAGUCUGAAACGCAGCCAACACCCACGCCUUCAUCUGUCACACAAGGUGCAUCCCCACCAGCAGUGGAAGCUGCAUCUAUUCCUACAUCCCAACCUACCAACCCAGCAGCAACGACCAAUUCGGUUUCUCCUAGUCCAACAUCUGGUCUGUCAGCUGGUACUCCAAAAAUGCAAAAGAUGAAAUUUCCUACAUUUAAUGGGGACAUUAAAGAGUAUCAACGUUUCUGUACUUUGUUCAAACAUUGUGCCACAGAUCUAACAGAAAUAGAGUGUUUUUACCAGCUUACUCAAUCCAUGAUCAAUGCACGUGAGCGCAACAUGAUAAAGGGUUGCAUCAACGUACAGAGAGCCUGGCAAGUUCUAGAUGAGAAGUACGGCGACCAGGAUAGAGUUGUGGACAAUCUGCUUCAGGAAUUGGAGAACUUGAAGCCUUAUCAAACCAAAGGUAAAGUUAGUCUGAGCGCCAUGACUGUAUUUGUCCAGACAUUGCAGGUGUUUGAAAUGCAAGCAGAAACAAUUGGCCUUUCUGGAGAGCUGAAUAGUAAAAUCUUGCUUAGUCAAAUCAAGCAAAAGAUGCCUGAGGAACAUCGCAUUGCCUACUACAAGAGUGUCAGAGAUGAACACAACAGUGACACGCUUGGAGGUCUGGUUAAAUGGCUACAUAGUCAGCUUCUACUACAAGAGAAGGCCAAGUCACCUUUUCCGGAGAAACUUAGUUCUUCUGAGACGAUGCAGAAUAAAAGUACCAAAUCAUCAAACGCUGCAACUUGGAACCAACCUAAACAGCAGAAUCGUUUCAAAGAACAGAAAGGCCCCAAGGUACCCAAGUGCGCUCUUCAUACAAACUCAAAUACACAUUUUCUGAAAACGUGUAUGAAAUUCAGGAAUCUGAGCCUCCAGGAAAAAUAUGACAUUAUGAAAAAACACAACAUUUGUAAUCGUUGUGGUCAUAACAAUUGUCAAGCUGGGAAGCCUCCUUUCGAUCUGAAGUCCUGCCAGUUUCCUUCACCAUGCACUAUCCAGACGUGUGGCAGUGAUGCCCAUUUCUCUGCCAUUUGUCCUGUAGUAUAUGGGAGUAAUACUGCUUCGGUGAAUCCACCCCGGGUUCAUCCACCAGACCAGAUGAAUGCCAAUGCAAGGUCAUUUCGUCCAGCAUCUGUAACUACCGUAACGGGAAAGGAACUCCAUGGUAUUCUCCCAACAGUUAUGGGCUAUCUUCGAAUAGGGAACCUUCGCCAAUUGGUACGCAUAUUACUUGAUGGUGGAAGCCAAGCUUCACUUGUUAGAGAAGGGAUCUUCCCAAGGACGGAACAUGACAGAUAUCAAGAGCAUGAAUUAACACUAGUUGGGGGAAACACCAUCUCACGGAGACUGAAACUCAUUGAUUGUCAAAUAGAGGACAUGGAAGGGAAGCACUCUUACCCACUGACAUUAACAGAGAUUGAUAAGCCAUGUGGAAACGCUCAAGUCAUUCAAGCAGAUAUUAUACAGCAGUAUGCCCACUUGAGUGAAAUUGAGGUCAACACUGCUCCUUCGACAACUAUCGAUGUUCUUCUCGGUGUUGACAAUACGUACCUCAUGAUCUGGGAAGAGUUCAUCAGGGGCCCGAGAUGUGAUGAUCCAGUUGCAGUCAGAUGUCCAUUGGGAUGGUAUAUCCAAGGAGGACGUUCGUGCGGUACUACCCCACUCCUCAACUACCUCAAUGUAUCUGCCAUCGGUCCAAUUGAAGAGUUUAUUGGGUUAGAGACUAUGGGUCUGGAACCAAAAAGAUGUAAAUGUUCAACAGACCUUCUGGACAGAAAUGCCACAGAGGUCAUGCAGCAAAGUGUGUCUCAACUCCCAAAUGGUUCCUAUGAGAUCGCACUUCCAUGGAAGAAACCCCUGAGAGUUUACCAGACAAUUAUGAGUAUGCCGUGA